AUGGAAAAGUACUCCAAGUGGCGCGACGCUGGCACCGGCAUCCAGCCGUUCCUGCAGCCAAUCCCCGCGCGCACGCAGCAAGCGGGUCUCCAGCGGCUCACCAACGUGGCGAAAAACUACGCUCUCGGGCCGCUCCUUGCGACCACCCGCAUUCUCGCCCUCGGGCUCACCGCAUCUCUCGACCUUGCAGCGUGCGCCAUCGGCUCCCUAAUCCCGCCAUCCAGGCUCAAGCGGCUCUGGCAGCGGUGCACGCGCAGCGUCUGCGCGCGGCUCGCGCUGCUCAUCAUGGGCUUCUACACAAUUGACACGAAAACCGUCAGCCUGCAAAAGGGCCGGCGCAGCAGCUCCAAGGCCAAGGCCACCGGCGGGCCGCAGUCCGGCGAUAUCAUCCUUGCCAACCACGUGUCCUACACGGAUGUCCUGUACUUGGUUGCCCGGUUCAACCCGGUCUUUGUCGAGGUGGACAAUGCGUCGAUGUAUGCGCGGCCGAUUAGCCUGUGGGCGGCGCUGCGGGCGCCUGGGCGGCUGACGCCGGCGCUGCUGCCGGCGAAGGACGCGCAGCCGCUGAGCAGAAUCACGCAGAAUGCGCGCUUGCAGAGCCUGGGUCCCCUGGUGGUGUUCCCAGAGAACGCCACGACCAAUGGCCGUGCGCUGCUCCAGCUCUUGCCUGUGUUCGAGGAGGCCGAGAACCAGGACGAGAAGUCUGCGCUGCAUCUGAUGGCCUUCAAGUACCCGUUUGCGGCCUUCAGCCCUGCGUACUCCGUUGGAAACCAGCUUGUGCACCUGUUUACCUUGUGCUGCCAGGUUUACAAUUCAAUGGCCGUACGUGUGCUGGAGGAUGGGGAGGCGCCGAGGGUUAGGGAGUCCGCGGUGUUCUGUGCGAACGACGUGGAGCCGGUGGAUCUGGAUGCGGCUGUUGCCGAGAAGCUGGCGCAGUUGUCGCGCCUGAGGAUGACUAAGCUGUCGGCGAUGGAUAAGCGCGACUUCUUGGCCUUUUACUAUAAGCGCGCAAAGGGAUACCGCAGCAUUUGA